UAUCUGACGACCCUCCGAACGGUCUAAUCCAAUCAAAGACUUUCUUAGUGGAAGAAAAAUCCUACUUUGAUCGCGUCCCAGAAAAAUCCACGAGCCUACCGCCCUCUCGCUCCCUCGUAGUUUUUCUUCUUGCCGCAGCAGAGAAAGAGAGGGGGGGUUUAGAACUUUGAGAUUUUGGCUCCACAGGAAGGGGGGAGAGAGAGGGAGAUGGAUGAGAUACUGAACAAGGUGGGGGGCUACUGGUUGAACAAGAGAGCCAGCAAGGAGAUCUCCUCCGUUGGUGAUGACAUCAACUCACUUUCUAGCAGCAUUGAAGGAGGAGCAAAGUGGUUGGUCAAUAAACUCAAAGGAAAGAUGCAGAAAUCCCUGCCUGAUCUUCUGCAGGAGUAUGAUUUGCCAAUAGGCCUCUUCCCUCGGGAUGCCACCAACUAUGAGUUCAAUGAAGAGACACGGAAGCUCACUGUGUUUAUACCUUCUGUAUGUGAGGUUGGUUACAGGGACUCCUCUGUCUUGCGUUUUUUCACCAGUGUGACUGGGUAUCUAGAGAACGGAAAACUAGCAGAUAUCGAGGGAAUGAAGACCAAAGUUCUGAUUUGGGCAAAAGUGACUUGUGUCACAACUGAGGGAUCGAAGGUCCAUUUUACCACUGGGGUGAAGAAAACCAGGAGCAGAGGUGCAUACGAAGUCCUCAGAGAUGGGAUCAGCAUAGACAAGUUUUAGGUUGCUAUUAAAAUGGCAAGUAUGUUUGUUAUGUGAGCUAGGGUUUGUGACUGUUAAGUUUGUGAAUAUAGAACUCUUCAUCCUUAAAACUUUGUACAACAUACUUGUAGCAGAAUGUGUCAUUUUUUAGUAGCUCGCAAAAGUACGAAGCUUGCGGUUCACCCUUUCAA